AUGGCGUCUACCUCAGGGCAUUCGAACCAGCUCUUAUAUGCAUGCAUUGCCCACGGGACCACCAUCCUCGCCGAACACACCUCUCCUGGCACUUCAUCGUCCUCGGCCUCUUCUCUGGCAUCAAUCAUUCUUCCCAAGAUAUCGCAUGCGGCUCCAGCAAAGCUCACCUAUACACAUGAGCGCCUGUUUGUGCACUAUAUCGCGGACUCGCCCUCUUCGACAUCCAACAGCCCCGACGAACAACUCUCCAGCCAUGCCGCCCUUACCUAUCUCGUGGUGGCGCAGACCGAGAUGGGCAGGCGAAUACCCUUUGCAUUCCUCCUCGACCUGAAGAAGAAGUUUCUGGCGCAGUACAAGCCGGAGUCUACGGAUUUCCAGUCUCUCCCGCCCUACGGCACUGCAGCAUUCAAUUCUACGCUAAAGGCGAUGCUACAACAGUACAAUACGUCGCCUCCCAGUGAUGCGUUGACCAACGCGAAGAAAGAAAUUGACAGUGUGCGGAACAUCAUGACGGAAAAUAUUGAACGUGUCUUGGAAAGAGGAGAGCGCAUUGAUUUGCUGGUGGACAAGACUGAUCGGCUAGGCGGCAGCGCUCGAGAUUUCCGGGUGCGCAGCCGGGGACUGCGACGGCAGAUGUGGUGGAAGAAUGUGCGGAUGAUGGUCCUGUUGGUAGUGGUGGUCAUCUUCUUGAUAUACCUGUUUGUCGGGUUUGGCUGUGGUCUGCCAGCAUGGGGCAAAUGUGUUGGUUGA